AUAGUUCUAUGAAUAAAUCAUCGUACGUAAUUUUAUGUAUCUCAGGAGAUUUCAGUCAGUGUCUUCCGUUUAUUUCUAUAGAUUAAGACCUCUAAUAGACUGCUUUGAUGGAGUAUUGACAUUGACGUACAAAUCAUAUAAUGACAAUCGACAUUACUCAUCAUUUACACCUUCGAACUGCCUUGGCAAUUUAUUAUUUUUAUUUACGUACCUACCACAAUUCAUAACAUUGCAAUCAAAUUAUUUUAAUAAAUCGUUGUCUUAUCGCGAUAUAUUCGCAUGUAACUUGAGCAGUGUUAUCUCUCUUGUUAACGUUUCACGCGUAAGAUUAUGCCAAAUAAAUUGGUUAAUUUUUAUUAUAAACUGGUUUCGAUAUUCAACUUUGGUAUGUGCUUGUGAAAAUGGAGAAGACCGAGGACAAUAUAAAGGAUGAAACGACGGGCCAGAAAAAGGAGGUACCGUCUAACUUGCGGAAAGUGUGUUUAAUUUGUGGUGAUAGAGCGUUAGGUUACAACUUUAAUGCGAUAUCCUGCGAGAGUUGUAAAGCAUUUUUCCGUCGUAAUGCCCUUACUAACAAAGAAUUCAAGUGCCCCUUUUCGGACAACUGCGAAAUUACAGUGGUUACGCGACGCUUUUGUCAGAAAUGUAGACUCGAAAAAUGUUUUGCAGUGGGGAUGGUGAAGGAAUUUAUAAUGUCAGAUGAGGACAAAGCUGAAAAAAGACGGAAAAUAGAAGAAAACAGAGCAAAGAAACGUCAGAUAAUAGAAGGUGAUGAAUCUGUAACAAGCUUUAAAAUAAGAAAGGAAGAUGUACCUCCAGUUAUUGAAUCUACAAUACAACAUAAUGUUCUUAAUAGCACUACUUGUAGCCCAAAUAGCACAGUACAAUCUCCGUUAAGCACAGAUAUGGAAAACUCAUUGAGUUCCCCACCUUUCUAUGGCUAUAAUUCACAAUCAAGCUGUGAUACCCAGUAUGUAAAACUGCGACCAAUAAAUGAAAAAUUGAUUAUUAGUCGAGAUUUGCAUGAAGCAAAGCUAGGUUAUAUCAAUAAUCAAGUAGAUAGCAUGUACUGUGAAACUACAAAACAAGAGAGUAUAAAGUCAUUAUUAACCAAUGGAGAUAAUAUAUCACAUGCAGUUAUAUUAAAUGAAGUGAGUCAUGAAGAAAUUCCGUCCACAAGUGAUGCCGAUGUAAAUAAAGCUAAAGAAAUAUUACAGGAUGUUGAAAGAAUUGAGCCUAAUUCUAUGGAGUCAAUAUUGUGUGAAGCAAUAAAAUUGGAAUUUGAAGCUUACACAUCACUUACAAAUGUAAACAGUUCAUCUAGGGAACUGAAUGAGGUAGAAAGAGCUAAGUUGAAUGAGCUAAUAGUAGCAAACAAAGCCCUCAACGCGCCCAUUGAUGACGACGUCUCAGAACUUAUUGGAGAUACUUCAGGAUUUAAGGCAUUCAGCAAUAAACACGAUCCGCGUCUAGUGACAAUAGUUAACUUGACCGCAGUCGCAAUUAGGCGGCUGAUCAAAAUGGCGAAGAAGAUAAAUGCUUUUAAGAACAUGUGCGAAGAAGAUCAGGUGGCGUUACUAAAAGGCGGUUGCAUAGAGAUGAUGGUUUUGCGCAGUGCCAUGACGUAUGACGGACAAGGAGACCAGUGGAAGUUGCCACAUAGCCAGUCGUGUUUUAGCAGUAUCCGUACAGAUGUAUUAAAACUUGCAAAAGGUGAUAUCUAUCGGUCGCAUGAGGCAUUUAUCAGGUCCUUCAGGCCGGAAUGGCGGACAGACGAGCACAUCAUACUGAUUAUGUCUGCAUUACUUUUAUUUACACCAGACAGGGCAAAAGUUGUGCAUAGAGAUGUUAUCAAAUUGGAACAGAACUCUUACUACUACCUCCUCCGGCGUUAUUUGGAAAGCGUAUAUCCUGGAUGCGAAGCGAAAUCAACCUUUUUGAAGCUCAUCCAAAAGACCAUUGAACUGAGACGAUUCGCGGCAGAAGUUACUGAGGUCUAUUUAGACGUGAACCCCAUUGAACCAUUGCUUAUGGAAAUAUUCGAUCUUAAACAACAUCCCGCUUAGUUGAGAAACAUCAAAAGGUAUAAUGAGUAAAAUCUAAAGCUGCUUUAAAUUCUUUAAGCUGGUUUGAAGUUAUAAAAGUUUAUUUUCAAAGAUAAUUUCGUCAUCGAAACAGCGUCCAACAAAAAAAAACUUUGUCAAAACUAAAUUUGAAGUGCCUCUUUUCAAUGCUUAUUUGACUGUAGUUGUUGUCAAAAAAGUUAAUGAAAUAUGUGAUUUUUUACUUGGUAUAACACUUUCGUUGGAUAACAUAUUGAUGUCAAUUUACAUUUUUUUUCAUUAGUAUUUUAACUACCGUCUGGAAAAUCUUAUUAAUUGCAUGAAAUAUUGAUAUUUGCUUACUUCACUGUAUAUACAGAAGUGAUCUUUAAAUUGCCUUUUUAGAUAAUAAUUUGACGCAAUUAUUUAAAUUUUGCAUUUACUUUAGAUUUGGCCUUGAAUGGUCAUUUGAAUCUAAAAUGAUUCAACAAACUACCCAUGGUGCCAAUAAUUGGAUAACGCAGCAAAUUCUAUUAUUGUCAAUAGAUAUUAGCAGUUGAAAUUUAUCGACCAGUGUUUCAUUUGCACUAUAAUUUUAUUAAUGUAUUUUAUAACCUGCUAGUAAUUAUGUUAUCAAAAUUUCGAGGAUUAUUAGUUUUUAGUUUAUCAAAAUUCACAUUUGAGAUAGUACACUAAUUUAAAUCUAUAUGCGUUCUUGUUUAAGAAAAGUACCAAAAAUUAUUAUAAUAUUUUGUCCAACUCUUGGAUGUUA